CUAUGUGCAUAAUUAGAAACCAAUCUUUCAUUACCUGUUCAUCUGAUCUCUGAAUAGGCGACUUUUAGUAUCCGACUUCACUUUGUUGGCAUUGAAACCAGAGGCUAAAACAUGUCCUCUCUGGAACUUGAUGAAAUGGCAGUGUCUGAGAGAGGACCAAACUUAGACAUUGUAAUUGCAGGUGGGGGAUUGGCAGGUUUGGCUCUUGCCCUUGCCCUUCAACACAGAGAUAUCGAAGCCCAUGUCUUUGAAUGUCACCCAUAUUUCAAAUCUGAUACGGCUACUGCAAUAGGAAUCGGUCCCAAUGGUGUUACUGCUCUUGAAGGGAUUAAACCUGGCUUAAGCUCCAUCAUCUCCCAAGCAGGCUCUUACACAAAUUCAAUCAUAUUCAACCUGUUAAGAAAUGGGAAGGAAGAUCCGCCCAGGGUAACAAACAUGCCGCCCAAGGAAUAUAUCAAUGUUAGGUGGAAAUCUGUGCAGGAAAUCUUGGCAAGUUUGCUUGAUAACAACAAGAUUGUGUUCUCCCAUAAGUUCAUAGGUUACCGGCCUUCUAAGGGCGGUGUUGAGGCCUAUUUUAGAUGUGGAAAUGGCUUGGAUAGAAUUAAAGUUGUGUGGACUAAGCUUUUGAUUGGAGCAGAUGGAAUAUGGUCUACUGUAAGAAAACAGAUGGUGGCGGAUCCUCCAAGGUAUCUCAACAUGGUGGACUGGAAUGCACUGCUGUACAAUCCAGAUCUCAACAGAGUUUAUCAGGGCAUAAGAAGAGGAGAAGUUAUUGUGCGAUCAGAGGAGAAUAUGCAGGUCCACAGCAUAACAGCCCAUGCAGGGGAUUACACUCUGUGGAUUCUCCGUAAGAAAGAUGAAUCGGAGGAUUUGGCAAACUCAUUGGUAGGAGGACGAGGCGGCCUUGGCAUCCCUGGUUGUAAAGCUCGUGCUCUCAAACAACUAGAUGGCCUUGAAGGAUGGGAUAGUCUUCGAGAAGCCAUUGAUGUAACCAGUGAGGACACUAUAUCAGAAAGAAAGAUCAUGGACAGGUUGCCCCUAGAUAAAUGGAGUGAUGCAGAUGGUCAUGUCCUGCUCAUUGGUGACGCUGCACAUGCUCAGUAUGUUGGGCCAGGACAAGGCGCCAGAACUGCAUUUGAAGAUGCCCAUCAACUCUCCCUUCUUCUUCAACAUGCAAGUCACUCAUCUUUUUCAGAGGAAAGCAUUAGAGAUGCUGUCAAAAGGUUUGAAGAGUUAAGAAUUCCUCGGAUGAAAAAGAUGCAGCAGUAUGCAGCCUAUUCCACAAGGCUUCCUAAAUUUCAACCUGAGGGGUUCCAGAAUUUGACAACGGAAGAAAGAAUGAGAAUGGGUGAGGAAUACAUGAAAUGGGUUCAUUCAUAUCCCCACAGGCAGGAGUGUGACCCUAACUCCACCUAUUUCAAGUGAAUAUGUUUCUACAGUUGCUAAAAUUGAAAAUUCCUAAAGGUCAGUAUUAGUGUCUUCCUGAGCUAAUAAAAAAAUCUUAAAUUAGUCUUAUUUUCUCCAGUUACACCAGUUAUCAAAAUGCCACUGCAGGGCUUGCCUCCUUACAUUAUUAAGGUUUAAGGUUUCAGUUCAGCUGGUAAGCAGUGAAAUGAGGUUUAUCAAAAUUUCAGUCAUGAAUGUCAUGAUGCAUUCUAAUGCUUGGAUAGUCAUUUCUGAAAACUUCAAAAUUUAUUCUACAACUGUAAAGUUUGGUCAAUGUUUUACAGUUCGACAAGGUUCAAAACUCUACUCAGAGUCUACAAUCUAUUCCAAAUGAAUCAAAAUAGGAAUAUUUAUCUAAACUUAAAUAAAUAUAUUGUACUAGAGCCUUCUUUUAUAAAUAAAAAAUAUGUAUUUGAAA